ACCCGCCGCACUUGGAGGAGCGCGGGAGGCGGACGUGUUCCCCUUCAAAUUCUGCAGGUCUCUGCGCGCCAGCGCCCGCCGGGAGCACGGCUUCUCCGCUCACUCCUUGGCAGCGCCCAGCAGGCUCAGGCGGGCACCGGAGCGUCUUUGAAGAAGCCUCGUUUCAGCUGAGGCCUGACAGCUGUAGGGAGGGCCAAGCAAGAGCGCGUACGAGGACUUCACCAUGACCCUCUACCUGCGGCAUUACUGGAAGGACGAGCGGCUGGUCUUCCCCAGCACCAGCAACAAGAGCAUGACCUUCGACGGCCGGCUGGUGAAGAAGAUCUGGGUCCCCGACGUCUUCUUUGUUCACUCCAAAAGGUCAUUCAUCCACGACACCACCACGGACAACAUCAUGCUGAGGGUGUUCCCGGAUGGGCAGGUGCUGUACAGCCUGAGGAUUACAGUCACUGCCAUGUGCAACAUGGAUUUCAGCCACUUUCCCCUGGACUCCCAGACCUGUUCUUUGGAGCUGGAAAGCUAUGCAUAUACAGAUGAAGAUCUGAUGCUGUACUGGAAGAAUGGGGACGAAUCCCUGAAAACAGAUGAGAAGAUCUCCCUGUCUCAGUUUCUGAUUCAGAAAUUCCACACCACUUCCAGACUGGCCUUCUACAGCAGCACGGGCUGGUACAACCGUCUCUACAUUAACUUCACGUUGCGUCGCCACAUCUUCUUCUUCUUGCUGCAGACCUACUUUCCCGCCACCCUGAUGGUCAUGCUGUCCUGGGUGUCCUUCUGGAUCGACCACAGAGCUGUGCCCGCCAGAGUUUCCCUGGGGAUCACCACGGUGCUGACCAUGUCCACCAUCAUCACGGGUGUGAACGCCUCCAUGCCCCGCGUGUCCUACAUCAAGGCCGUGGACAUCUACCUCUGGGUCAGCUUCGUGUUCGUGUUCCUCUCGGUGCUGGAGUACGCGGCCGUCAACUACCUGACCACCGUGCUGGAGCGGAAGCCGCAGGAGAAGUUCCCAUGCAUGUGUGGAAUGCUCCACUCAAGGACCAUGAUGCUGGGUGGAAGCUGCAGUGAGUCUGAGGCCAACAGCCUGGCCGGGUACCCGAGAAGCCAUAUUCUGACAGAAGAAGAAAGGCAAGAGAAAAUAGUGGCCCACCUGGCCCUGAGCAGUGAAUCCAACUCCUCCAGGAAGAAGGGGCUUCUGAAGGGCCAGUGUUUGCCUAGGGGCUCUGAGGCUACGCCUGGGGAAGGGCACGGACAUCUCUGGUGUCUGGCCGGCCGCCCACACGUGGACCUGCUGAGCGUGUCCCCUCACAGAGCAGCAGCUCUUGGACCACCUCGAGCAGCAUCCUGGCUCCCGGAGGAGCCCAGGAGCCCUCCAGCUGCCCUCCCCCAGGCCUCAUGGGCUUGCUCAUCGUUCAUGCUGUGUUGUGUCCCACUUCUUGCUGCUCUGGGACUGUCUUCUUCUGUUCUUGUGUGUGAACAGGUUCAUGAGAGCCUCCCUCCAAUAAAAAAAGACUCAAAUGCCUCCCAGAUGAAUGUUCUGAGACCCUUAUGAAGCCUAGGAUUCAGUUGUAAAAGGAAGGGAAAAAUGAAGGGCAAGUUUAGGGGCAUUCUGGAUAGGAGACAGGAAAUUAAGAUUCAAAAUAGGAAUAAAAAAAUCUGUAAACCCUACACUGGAUUAAGUGCCUAUCUAGGAAAGAAAAAAAACUCAGAUCCCAGACAGGAAAUGAUUUGACCUGGGUGAGUCUGGCAACUCGCAUGAUUUUGCAAUAUUAAGGGACAUCAUUCAUUCAUACAUCCAUUCAACCAUUCAUUAAAUAUUGAAUACCUGCCCUGUGCCAGCGCUUAUUUUUCUCAGCAAUGUGUGACAACAUGCAUUGAGUAUUGCCAACCAGGGAAACCACCCAAACCCAUCAAAGUGUAGAGUUUUUAUUGGGGGCUGGCCAUCUGGAUACAGCUGACUGCCUAUAUGGUUGACCUUAGUCUCCAGUUCCUUC